GCACGCGCGAGGAUCUGCCAAGUGGGUGGGGGAUCGAUAAUGUCGGCCGAAGAAGGGAAUCGCAAAAAGCGAAAGCGCUCGGUUUCCCAGUCUCGGCCUGAGCCUGAUGACACUGUAAGUGAACCGUCUGCUAGGCUGACAAACACGGACUUGAUGUGCCCUAUCUGCUUCGAUCUGUUUAAUGAGGUGUAUGUGACACAGUGUGGGCACAGUUUCUGCUACAGCUGCAUUGUUGUCGCAGUGGAGCAGACUCAGCAGUGCCCGGUGUGCAAGGCAGUUGUACCAGGAGUCAGUGCCAUUCACCCUAACUGCUCCUUGAAUGAUGUGGUGGCCAAGUUCAAGGCUCAGGCUGCAGCCAACAGAGCGCUGAAUGAGGGUGGUCAUGAUGUGGCACAAAUACUGGAGAUUACAUCUAAGUUGGGUGAGGAUGAGCUCUCUGCCUUGCUGAGAGGGAUAGCUGAGCGCUCACAGGAGAGAGACAAGAAAGAGAAGGCAGUGAAGAUAGCUGUGACUCUUCACUUCCUAGACCUGGCUAUUGAGAAGAAAGAGAAGGAGCUAAUGAAGAUAGAGACAGAAAUGGAAGUCCUGAGGGCAGACAAGAUGAGGCUGAGUGAGGCUAAGAUGGAGGACGACACAUCACAGGUCAGCUCGCGGAACCAAAGAGUGGAGGCCAACUUUGGUGAAAUCCUGGAGGACUACCUUAAUAUAAAGCUUCCACGUGUUGGAGAGCCUCCAGAUGGCCAGAAGAGUCUGGAGAGAUUCUGUGAUGGCCUGGACAAGUUCACUCAGUUCAGAACCUUUAGAGAGCUGGCCACCUUGACAUAUGGAGACCCCACUAACAACUGCUGCAUCGUCUCCAGCAUUGAGUUUGACCGUGAUGGAGAGUUCUUUGCAGUAGCUGGAGUGACCAAGAAGAUCAAGGUGUUUGAGUAUGAGAGUGUUGUGAGAAACGCAGGUUUCACCAACCACUUCCCCGUUCGUGACAUGAGCUGUGCUGCAAAGCUCAGUUGUGUAGCCUACAACCCAUACCACAAGCACCGCCUGGUCUCUAGUGACUACGAAGGCUCUGUGUGUUUGUGGGACACCAGCACUGGCCAGAGGACUGGUCUACACCAGGAGCACAGCCGGCGAGUCUGGUCUGUCGCCUACAGCCCGCAAGAACCGUCUCUCUUUGCCUCCGGCAGUGAUGACUGCACAGUAAAGCUGUGGAGCGAUAGAGAGCCAAAUUCCAUCUUUUCUUUUUCUGCCCGGGCAAACAUCUGUUCUGUUAAGUUCAAUCCACACAGUCGCUACUUCCUGGCCUAUGGCUCUGCUGACCAUGGUGUGCACUAUUUAGACCUGCGCAGUCCUAGCAAACCAUUGCUUGAGCUGCUGGGGCACAAGAAGGCAGUGUCUUAUGUGAACUUCAUGGGUUCUGAUGAGCUGGUCUCAGCAUCCACAGACAGCGAACUCAAGUGCUGGCAGACAAAUGGUGUCUGCAUCCGAACAUAUCGAGGCCACACAAAUGAUAAGAAUUUUGUGGGGCUAAGUGUGACGCCAGACUUCAUAGCCUGCGGCAGUGAGAACAAUGCUGUCUAUGUAUAUUCCAAGCAAGUGAGCAGUCCGAUGCUCACCUACCAGUACAACUGUCCUCGUGGACUGCUGGUAAGGCAGUUUCCAGCCAAUUGUUAUGAUCAGUGGAUGCUGCUCCCUGCCCACUAGCCAAGCAGUGUAGCUGGCGACAACAGUGAUAGCAGUCAGUCCACAGAGUUUGUUAGUGCCGUGAGCUGGAGAGGGAACAGCAGUGUUCUGCUUGCUGCAAAUAGUCAGGGCCACAUUAAAGUUCUGGAGAUGUCUCACUGAGACACAAUGUCAAGCCAUCAGAGUUCCAGCAUUUCUUCAUAAUGUGCUAUACAUUACAUUUGCAUUGUAAACUGGCACAGCUACAAAAAUUGAUGCAAAAUUAUGAGUUAGCUAGGUCGAGUGGUCCACACAACUCCAACUCCACAGCCUAGUCUUCUGUAGCUCAUGCUCCCAGCCAGCUUCCACUGUUUGUCCUUCUCAUCCAGCCACUCCACACUCUUCAGAUAGCUGGAGCCAUCAAAUCCCCCCACUAGUAUAUAACAACAGAAAGAGUGUGAGGGUCAGAAUCAAACUGUCUGCUGACCUGCAAAGAGUUGGGAGUUGAGGACAGCCAGUCCCACUCCACUCCUGCAGCAUGUCAUGUCUAUCAUACCGGUCCACUGGUCCAGCUGUGGGUCAUACCUGUCACUCGAACCAACUGACAGCUGUAUUAGUCAAACUACACUUUACCUCUCCACAGACCGUAGCUCUGUGGUGUGGUUCCUGCCACCCACAGCAUACAACAAUCCAUUUAGAACUGCAGCUCCCAAGUGCUUGCGAAGUUCAGCCAUUGGACUGACCAGAGUCCACUCAUCUCUCUGGGGAUUGUACCUGUGAAGCAAUAACCUCAGGACAUGGUGAAAUUGGUGAGCAACUGACCGCUCUACGCUGGCUAGUGGUGACGUUCCAUCGGACCCACCCACUGCAUACAGACAGCCACCUAGACUGGCCACCCCCACACCUAGUCUAGGACUUGUCAUGGAGCACACUUGCUGCCACUUGUUGGUGCUUGGGUUGUACCGCUCUACAAGUGAGAGGCAAGCCGAGCCAUCUUGCCCACCCACUGCAUAUAUACAGUCUCCCAAUACAGCCACACCCACACUGGUACGAGAGCACCCUGCAGCUGCAACCUGGCAGCUCCACUGGUCACACUUUGGAUCAUAGCGUUCCACACUGUUGAGGUACGUGCUCCCAUCAUGCCCACAAACAGCAUAAAGGAUGUCAUUGAGGUUGGUCACUCCCACCCCACACCUCCUCUUGGUCAUUGUAGCCACAACUUUCCAGUCAUCAUGUUUGCUAGAGUACAUCUCCACUGUAGCAAUUGCAUCACCAUUACACCAGCCACCUACAACCACCAGUGCUUCCCCUCCCUGCAUCUUUCUCCUUGGCAACAUGUGAGGACCUGCCAUUGAUGAUCGUCUCUCAGGCAGCAGAAGAAAAUCUUUGGCUUUAUCCACAAGGUCACGGCAUACAUUACAGCUCCUAAUAAGUGGCUCCAUACCAACUUCCAUCACGAGGUAGCUACGCUCCAGCAAGCAAAGGCGUACACAUUUCAGUAGCUCUGGCAGAUACUCCCUGCGUGAAUCGACAUUUCCUUUGAUCCACUUCAUGACAGCUGUGUACACCACCUCCUCUCGCUCCACAUUCACGUCAUCACUGCCUACAAGUUUUAUUAGCUGAGUGUGUGGAAGCUGAAGAAAGUCUGCACUC